UCCUACAGCAAACUCAAACAAGAAAAAAACUUCUUUUGUUUGCUCUUCCAUGGCAGGAGCAUCUUCUGAUGUAUCAUUGAUCCCAACGGGACCUCACGUGUUCAUCAAUUUCUGGGGAAAAGAGCUACGCAACGUCUUCAUCUGCUUUCUUGUGACUGCCUUGAAAGACGAAAACAUCAACGUUAUAGACGGGCCUGAGAAGAGGAUAGGUGAGUCGAAUAUCGCGUUGGUUAUCUUCUAUCCUCAGUCCCCGUUGUCAUAUAUGUGGUUGGACGAGCUGGUCGAAAUCAUGGAACGCAUGAACCAAGGAAAACUUACAGUGAUUCCCAUCUUCUACAAGAUUGAUCCCCCCUCGGUUAAACGUCUACUGGGUGAAUUCGGCUACAACUUCAAGGAGAGAAGAUAUCUUCAUCGACAUCAACCAGAAAGACCCCAGAAAUGGGAGGAAGCUAUUGUUUCUAUUUGCCAAAACCCUGGCUUGACCGUGCCCAUAAUGAGUGAUGAAACCGAUGAAGAUUUCAUAAGGAUAAUCGUCAAGAAGGUUAGGGAAAUGCUGCCGAAUAUCUCCACAUCAAAACCCAGUCCACGGGGGCCACAAGUUUUCAUCAACUUCCGGGGAAUAGAAUUGCGCAGAAACUUUAUAAGCUUUCUCCACGCUGCCUUAGUGAAUGCGAGUAUAAACGUCUUCAUAGACGAAGACGAGCUUUUGGGAUCAGAUUUGGUUAACCUAUUGAAGAGAAUAGAAGAGUCUGAGAUCGCACUAGUGAUCUUCUCCAAAGAUUACACAAGUUCGAAUUGGUGCUUGGAUGAGCUGGCCAAGAUCAAGGAACGCAAGGAUCAAGGCCGUCUCAUAGUGAUUCCCAUCUUCUACAAACUUGAACUUAACGGAAAAUUUGGGGAUCGUUUUAGGGACAUGAAUCGCAAUCAUAAACACGAACCAGAGAAAACUCAGAAAUGGAAGGAUGCUUUAAAGUCUAUUCCCCAUAUAAAUGGCAUGGUCUUGCCAGAACAAAGUAACAUGACCGACAGAGAUUUUAUAAACUCAAUGGUCGACAAGAUUCAGAUGUUGUUACAGCAUAUGGCCGGCAGCUGAAACCUAGAAAUUAACAGAACGAUGUAAUUAAAGACAGCAUCGUAACUUCGCGUACAUGAAACAAGGGUUUAUCUAUGUUUUAGUAUUUCUUUUUGUUUUUCCUUUUUUAUUUUAUUUAUUAAGCUUCUAUAUUAGAUAAAUGUACGUGACUUUUCAAGUC